UCACACCUUCUAAAUAAAAGCAGAUGAUUUUGAAAAUUUCUUAUCAUACACUAAUUGUAGAGCAAGCUAAGAUAGACUUAAAAUGCAAGCUAAGUUGUGUUUUAUAGUAUUCCUUGGAGCUAUUGUCUUCGGGAUUUGCAAUGGAGCUCCAUUAAAUCCAACUGACGAAGAAGCAGUUAGACAAUAUGUUCAAAAUGCUUCAAACUCGCUUUACGCUUUUUACGACAAAAUCGCUGAAGAUUUAAUGGGUUUGGAAAAGGAAGAUUUGUCAAGUUUUUUCAAUGCACUCGAAACAAUUUUGAUUAAAACCGAUGCAAUGGUUGAUAUUGUUCGUAAUGCAUCGGCUUUGGAUCAAACAAAAUACAAUGAUCAGGAACUUAAUUAUAUAUUGAAUAAGCUGAAGAAAUCAGCUGAUGAAGCUAUUUUAGGAGGAGAAGGAUUCUGUAACAUUUUAAUAGCUGUGAGCCAUUUGGAAGAUUUAGCAUCUGAUAAGGACAUUCCUGGUUAUAAGAAUGAUACCCUUGAAUUGGCAUACUUCCCGGAUGUUCAGAAAAUAUAUGCUACUAGCAAGGAUCCAGAAGAAAUGAAGUACUAUUGGAAUGCAUGGAGGGAGAAGAACGACAAAUGGACUUUAACAGGUUUUAUGGUUAUGGUUAAUGGUAUUAAGGAUGCUGCUAAUUUAACUGGACUAUCUCCUUAUGAUUUCUGGAUGAAGGAUUUCAAUAUGACACAAAUGGAUGCAGUCAUGGAACAGAUUGGACCUGUAUACCAACAAUUGCAUGGCUUCAUUCGUCAUCAAUUGAACAAAAAAUACGGAGAUGCUAUUAUUGAUACCAAAGGCUUAAUACCCGAAUAUCUAUUGCAACAAGUAUUGGCUCAAACUUGGACUAACGGAAGUGUUCUUGAUGAUAUUUUCCCAUUUGAAGACCUACCACCAUUCGAUGAAAUCCUAGUUAAAAACAAUUAUGACACAUUAAAACUUUUCCAAACAGCUGAUAAAUUCUAUGAAUCUAUGGGACUUGAACCUAUUCCAGAAAAUUACUGGGGCAAAAGACUAAAGAUGAAAUCAACUGAAGACGAGGGUGAUUGCAAGGCUACAAUUGUAGCUCAAACUUCAAACGUUUUCAUGCAAUAUUGCCAUAAAAUGGAUUUCAGGACAUUCUUGCAGGCGCAUGGUUACAUGGGCGAAAUCCAUAUGGCAAUGGAAAAACCUCAUCUUCCAGCUUACUACGCUGAUUCGUACAACUUGGAGCAUGCAAUUGGUGAAGCAGCGAUUUUAUCAGCAUCUUCGCCAAAAUAUUUGUCGAAAGUUGGAAUUUUACCUUCUCCAGAACUCUCUGAAGUAGUUUUCAUGAACCGACUUUUAAGACAGAGCAUUCACGCUAUGCUUAAUAUCCCUGUAUACUAUGUACACACGAAAGUUAUGGCUGAUAUGUUUGCUGAGAAAUUUGAAAUGAAAGAACUGAAUAAGAAAUAUUGGGAAUAUAUGGAUAAAUAUGUUGGUGUUGGACCACCAGGUGAUCGUGUGAGUAACACUUUUGAUUUCCCCUUCAAAUUCUAUUUGGAAAUGAAUGAAAAUCAACAAGCACGAAAAUUCAUGUCAGAAGUCUUGAGCUAUCAGUUCUAUAUGAAAUUGUGUUCAAUUACUGACCAAUAUCCUAAAGGACAUUUACAGAAUUGUGACUUUUCUGGACACAAAGAUGCUGGUGAUGCAAUUAAGAAAAUGAUAAAACUUGGUUCAUCUAAGCCAAUGCGUGAGGUCUUGGCAGCAUUAUUACCUGAAGAUCCAAAAUUGAAUGGUGAAAGUCUUUUGGAAUACUAUUUCCCAGCUUUGAAUUGGUUAGUUGUGGCCAAUAAGGAGAUUAAUAUUAACGUUGGAUGGACACAUUCUGAUAAGAAGGUUGACAGCGUUAAGUUGCCUGUGCAAUUAGAUGAUGGUCAAUGGCAGGUAUAAGGUUCAAACCAAAAACUUGAAAUUGGAUAAAUAAAAACUAUUAAUCUAAAAA